AUGGAUCGUCUGUCAGCAGUAAUAGAUCUCAGCAAGAUUCUCGCCUCGCGACGUGUCAUUGUUGGAAGCGGAACCACCAAAAUUUCGCUGCUGCGGACCUUGGCUGGCCCCGGGGGGCCAGUGGUCGUUGCUAUUGGGGCUUCGAUGAUAGUUCGUUGGCUCGCAGCGACCAAAGAUGACGUUUGUGAUACUGUUGCUCUCGAGGUGCGACUUGGUGCUGCAAUCGACAUAGGUCAGCGAGUUGCGCUGGUUGAGUUGCCUCGCCUCGAUGCAUUCGUAGCCGGACUUCACGAAUUGGCACCCGCCUGUGCGGCGGCCUUAGAUUUAGCGUAUGCUGGUGAUGAGCUCACCUUACUUCGCGCCGCUCUUCAGCAUGUCACGCGGCGGACAUCGCAUAUUGAGCUCUCGGUUGGUGGGACCAUGAUUUCAGAGCCGCGAGUUUUGCUUGCGCCUGCCGAGGUGCCUCUUGUCUUUCGCAUCGAAUUUGAGGCUCGUUCGGGUGUGUCACGCCCAAAUGGCAUAUCAGUGGCUGCCGCUAUAGCAUUCGACCUAAUGCACCUUGAAAAAGCCGCGCUACUCCGUGCACACCUUCAGCUGCCAUUGGAUCAUCUUGAUUCUGGGAUUCUUUCAGAGGCACCUGACCUCUUAUCAACAGACCGUCUGUCGCUCACGGUAAUCGAAGGUGUACCAGCUCUCAUGGUAAAUGAGGGAAUUCAUGCUUUACUCUGGCCAAUCAUUUCUACUGAACCCUGGGAUUCUCCGCGCGGCGUUGAAGUCUGGGACGAACUUGAGCGUGAAAUGCAUGCGUCGCCCGCAGAGCACCGCGGUGGCCGUUUCUCUCUCCUGGAAUUUGGCUGCCGCGACUAUUCGGUGGCACUUCACGCGGCUUCGAAGUAUCCGAAUGCAACUGUGUUGAGCAUUGUUGGAGUAGCAUCACUAUUUGGUGAUGCACUAUACAAUAUAGCAUCUGGGCGCAAGCUGCAAAAUGUUCUCUGCUGUGCAGGUGAGCCAUUGGAUGACGCUCUCGCUAAGAAGUUUUACGAAUCACCUGAGCUUGCACGUUUUGCAUUGCUUCAGUCACCUAGCUUGCUAGAUGGUCUCGCGGGAGAUUAUGGCGAAUUGAAAGAUGGCUCUUCACACCUCGAUUUUAAGAAGGCACUCGGCCGUUAUAUUUCGUCUUCUCUGACGACGUGGUUGCCGUUCCCAUCAGUCAAGCACAUAUCCCUUGCGAUGCUUGCAUUCUUCCCCGAGACAUCCCUUGUCGAUGCGCAGAGGAUCACGCCUACGUUUUCAAUCAAUGAACACCCAGUGCCCGCCUUUAUGCGAUUGCUUCAAGAGACGAUCGAACACUAUGCAAUUAUCCCGCUAGAUGGUGAGACGCGAGUUUCUAUCCGAGAGGCCUACUCGCUUCCCGGUCGGCCGUUCUCGUUCCCUCUUGUUAGACUCGAUAUAGUCAAGAUGACACGAAAGGUCCACCACCACUUCGAUUGGGCAAAGGAUGGCCACAAACGUACCUACACCAUGCACGUUGACGUGAAUACAUCUCUCGUAGUCCCUAAAACGGGCCUCUUACUCAUCCCCGGAUCUUGGCGUGACCCAGCGAGCGGGGGUGGUGCGAUUGCCUGGAACAGUUCAAAGGGUGAUUCACGCUUGACCCUUCCCGUUGGCCACCAUGUCUCUGAGGGUCGCGUUGUGCAUGUCCGUCUAACACGCGAUCAUGAUGCUGGCUACAUACCUUACGGCGUUAUCCACUCGUUCACUCUUAUCUGUGCUCUCCGCCUUGGCCUUGUCAAGGCUCAGACCAGUGCCAUCUACAGGGACUUCGUCAAAUUACCUCUGUACGAGGAUAUGGCCCCGUGGAAUAUUGCCCUAGCCGCAGGGUCCGUCGAGUAUAUCGAUUACGAUACACGUGGAAGGGUCUACGACGCCUACGUCAGAGAGAGUUAUCGCGUGCUCUCAGUCCUAAUGAACUACAAGCGCACUGUCUCUGACUUCGGUAUGUGCGGUGAAUCAGCCCAUAACCCGUAUGGCUUUGGCCAAGUCUCUUCCUGCGUCAAGCCUAGGACUUUUGAUGGGAGUUGCGACAAAUCUGAAGUUCCUGUCCCAUGUGAUGAUGGCAACUGCCACUCAGACUAUAUUUCCUGCCUCCGGGCCCUUGUGAAUACGCGCCAGCUAGGAUACCUCGGAGGUAGUAGUAUUUUUUUAGCUGGAUCUCAAGAGCUCCCCCGGGCCGAGAUUAAAGUCGAGAUUACCUUAAAUUUACAAUCUUAG